UGGGUCAGCCGUCAUGCAGCAGAAACAUGUUGAAAUGAGGAUGUUUAUGUAGGUUCUGUGUCUUCAUAGAUUUCUAAAUGAGGUUGGUUCCACAAAGCAUGAUGAGAAGAUCAGAAAUGUGUCAAAUUAAUAACUGAGUUGUACACAAAGACUUUGGGCAGAGUGGAUCUAAUUACAAUCUGUCCCUUCACUUUCAUUUGACAUGAAUAUUAGUCUUUUAUUUCUUGAUACUCUUGAACAUGAGAUGAUGGUGAGGGCAGGUGAUAGAAACACGUCUGGUAAAGAUCUGGUAAACCUCGUUUAACAUCAGUUAGAGAUCAAACGACCUGCAGGGAACCACAUAAUAAGUAUAAACACGGGAUGAACAACUUGUGGAAGAUGAUUUGAACGCAGCCUAACUUGUUAGUUUUGUUGAGUUGUCGUGAUAUUUCACUCUGAAACGUGCUGAUAGUCAUUGUGAUUCUCUGUCUGUCUCUCAGAGAUGUAGCAUGUGUGUUGGUGUGAUCGGUGGACCAUCAUGCACCUCUUCGUGCUGCUGAUCCUUCAAGCCACAGCAGCCUUCGGACAGAUCGACCCCGCACACUGUCGCUAUGCCCUGGGCAUGGAGGAUGGACGGAUUAAAGACGAUGACAUCACAGCAUCCAGCCAAUGGUACGAGACCACGGGACCACAGUACGCCAGGUUGAACCGUGAGGAGGGAGAUGGAGCCUGGUGUCCUGAGGGUCAGCUGGAGCCUUCAGACAGUCAGUACCUGCAGGUGGACCUGGGCAGGUUGACCUUCCUGACGGUGGUCGGGACUCAGGGACGAUACGCCAGGUACUCCGGGAACGAGUUCGCCCGAGCUUACCGCCUCAACUACAGCCGGGACGGCCUGCUGUGGAAGUCCUGGAGCAACCGGCUGGGCAACACGGUGAUGGAGGGCAACAAGAACGCCUACACCUCCAUCAUCAACGACCUGCACCCCCCCAUCGUGUCCCGCUACGUCCGGCUGAUCCCCGUCACCAAACUCUCCACCACGGUGUGCAUGAGGGUGGAGCUGUACGGCUGUCAGUGGGAAGACGGUCUGAUCUCCUACGCCGCUCCGGAGGGUCAGCUCAUGAUGCCGCCCGGUUACCCCAUCGCCAGCCUCAACGACUCCACGUAUGACGGACCACAUGAGAGGAGGAGGCUGUUCGGCGGUCUGGGCCAGCUGACGGACGGUGUGAUCGGCCUGGACGACUUCCUGCUGACGCGUCAGUACCACGUGUGGCCGGGCUACGACUAUCUGGGCUGGAGGAACGACUCGCUGGGCAGUCUGGGAUACGUGGAGAUGGAGUUUGUGUUCGACAGGCAGAGGAACUUCACCUCCAUGAAGGUUCACAGUAACAACAUGUUCUCCCGCGGAGUGAAGAUCUUCUCCUCCGUUUCCUGUUGGUUUAAGCCCCGCCUCAUCGCCGGCUGGGAAGUGGAGCCUGUGGCGUUCAAGACGGUGCUGGACGACAGGAACCCGAGCGCCCGCUACGUCACCGUGCCGCUCAACCGCCGCGCCGGCAAAUCCCUCCGCUGCCGCUUUGACUUCGCUGAUGUCUGGAUGAUGUUCAGCGAGAUCUCCUUUCAGUCGGAGGACACCGUACUCCCGACCCCGGUGACUCUGGGGACGACCUCGUCUCCACUUAAGAGAGAGAGCACCAUGGCGACCCCACCUGAGACAGCAGCCAGUCCAUCAGCCAGCGAUCCGCCCGACGACGGGAACACGCCCAUCCUGAUUGGCUGCCUAGUGACCAUCAUCAUGCUGCUCGUCAUCAUCAUCUUCCUCAUCCUCUGGUGCCAGUACGUCUGCAAGGUGCUGGAGAAGGCUCCGCGUCGGAUCCUUGACGAGGACGUGACGGUUCGUCUGUCCUCCUGCAGCGACACCAUCAUCCUCCAGACCCCCCCUGUGCCCCCCCGCUCUGGCCACGCCCCCACAGGCCUCACCAACACCGACCCUCACUACGAGAGAGUCUUCCUGUUGGACCCUCAGUACCAGAACCCGGCGGCGCUGAGGAACAAGCUGCCGGAGCUGUCGCAGAGCGCCGAGGCGUCAGCUCUCCUCCUCCUCGGUAACCCUCUCUACGACCUCCUCCUGCUGACUUCCUGUCACAUGACGUCAGGCUGGCUGCGUGCGUGCGGUGGAGGCUACGCCGAGCCCGACGUCACCCAGUGCACGCCGCACCAGUGUUUCCACAGCAACGCGCCGCACUACGCCGAGACGGACAUCGUGCGCCUGCAGGGCGUCACCGGCAGCAACAUGUACGCCGUGCCCGCCCUCACCGUCGACUCACUCACCAGGAAGGACAUCUCCGCCGCAGAGUUCCCGCGGCAACAGCUGAUCUUCAGGGAGAAGCUGGGGGAGGGGCAGUUUGGAGAGGUCCACCUGUGCGAGGCCGAGGGACUCCCAGAAUUCCUUGGGGAGGGGUCUCCUCUCCCUGACAGGGAUGGGCGGUCAGUACUCGUGGCCGUUAAACAGCUGAGGGCCGACGCCACCAGCCAAGCCAGGAACGACUUCCUGAAGGAGAUAAAGAUCAUGUCCCGUCUGAACGACCCCAACAUCAUCCGACUGCUGUGCGUGUGCGUGUCGUCCGACCCGCUGUGCAUGGUGACCGAGUACAUGGAGAACGGAGACCUCAACAUGUUCCUGUCGCAGCGGGAGAUCGAGAGCACGCUGACGCACGCCAACAACAUCCCCUCAGUCAGUCUGUCCGACCUCCUCCACAUGUCGGUGCAGAUCUCGUCGGGGAUGAAGUACCUGGCGUCCCUGAACUUCGUGCACCGCGACCUGGCCACCAGGAACUGCCUGCUGGACCGCCGCCUCACCAUCAAGAUCGCCGACUUCGGGAUGAGCCGGAACCUGUACAGCAGCGACUACUACCGCAUCCAGGGCCGGGCGGUGCUGCCCAUCCGAUGGAUGGCCUGGGAGAGCAUCCUGCUGGGUAAGUUCACCACGGCCAGUGACGUGUGGGCGUUCGGCGUCACCCUGUGGGAGAUCUUCACUCUGUGCAAGGAGCAGCCCUACAGCCUGCUGUCCGACGAACAGGUCAUAGAGAACACUGGCGAGUUCUUCAGGAACCAGGGCCGACAGAUCUUCCUCUACGGCCCUCCGCUCUGCCCGCCUUCACUCUUCGAGCUGAUGAUGCGUUGUUGGAGUCGCGACAUACCCGACCGGCCCACUUUUGAGGGACUCUACCAGGCCCUGAGGCCCCACGUCAACCAGUGAGCCGAGGCCACUGGGAGGUACUUACUCGUGUAGGACGACAGACUGACACGAGAAGACCGAGGACUGGAAUUAUGCUACGAGAGUAAGACGCGUUCAGAGGGAAUGAAGAAGCUGGCAGAACUGUGGUCAGAAGGUUUGUUUGGUGGUAACAGCAGCAGCUCUACCCUGAGAGACAAGAUGGAGGUAGAAGAGAAGGCUGGUCAACUCGGAGGAAACCCAAACCUGUCAGUCGGUAGUGAACAAAGCUUUCUAAGCUUUUUAAAGCUUUCUAUCAUUUCUGAUGUCACAGUUUCUUCCGUCUCUUUAAAUCUCCUUUGACCAAAACGUCUUGUCGGACCUUUUCACACAUCUCUCUUUAUUACGUUGUUUUGAUGCCAAAGGUGCCGUAAGCUUUAUAUUCUUCUUCUGUUAACCUGGACAGACUUUUCAGUGUUGGGAGUGUCUCCUCUCCCUGUGUUUUAUUGUUUUAUUUUAUUGUUAUGUAAAGCACUGUCUGUGUCUCUCAGUUAUUCAUGUUCAUAUAUUAACCCACACUGGAGCUAGGGUUAGGGUCAGAUUGUAGUUUAGCUUUAUUUUUAGAUUUUUAUUCUGUUUUCUUGUUUUACAGUGUUUCACUUCUGUUGGUCUCUGUGUGGAUAUGAAUGUUGUCCAGCUGAGGCUGACUUCAUAUUGAAACCUGUGUGGUCGGUGGGUAGUUAGUGGAGGAAGUCGGUUUGAGGCACACUGAAACCAAAUAACAACAGAAAUGUGUUGUGCUGAUUUAGUUGCCAAAGAGAAAUAAAGAGUGGAAGUGAUAACACAAUGACAUGAUUACAUUAGUAAAACUCAAUGUACCAUUAUCAUCUGCCAGUGGGUGGAUUGGAGUGAGUUCAUUCAAAGUGCCUUAAAGUUGUAGCAUGAGUGGGAAUCAAGCCACCGUUAACACGGUGAGGAUCUCACUUUACCCGUGUGUCUGUUUGUGCUGCGGCCUAAAAGAUGUAAGGACAUUUACAAGAUAACUAGUGUUUCCAGCUGUCCUGUAUUAGUGUAUUAGCUGGGACGUCCCAUAUUUUGGGCUUAAUUCAUUUUUCCCAUACCGAACCUCCCAACGUCCAUAUUUUGACUGCUACUCUAGUCUGACGGCGCUCUUACAGAUCUUAUAUAUAUAUAUAUAUAUAUAUCACCUGUUAUCCAGUCACACGCCCCAUAAUGCGCAUUAGUUGUAUGUUCGGUGUAAAUGAUCAAUCUUCUACCAGGUGAAGCUGAUUGGUCAACAUUGCAGCUGGAUAAAUGAAGGUGCGAUCGAGGUUUCAGGCAAAUCAUCAAUCAAUAAUUCAACAUCGUUGUCCAAUGUGUAAGUUGUUUAGCACAUUUCAAUUUUUUGAUUUCAUAAUUCUAUGUCCCAUUCUUUACUGUUUCAGUCUCUCAUCAGUGUGAGUGUGUGUUACAUGUGUAGUGUGAGUGUGUAUUA